CAAAUGAACACAGUGAUUAAACAAAUGAUCUACUAUAUUGUGGCUCGCCAUGGCCCACAAAGAAAUAUGCAUUCCUUGUUUUUAAUAUACACUCAUUGGUGUUGCAUCGUAUUUUUAUUUGAAAUGAAAUUUAUUAAACUAUAGUUUUCUAUUGUAAUAAAAAAUGUCCAUUAAUUACUUUAUUUUACAUUUAUAUUAUAAAGUCGUCUAUGGUUUAAAAAUAUUUUUGCAACAAUGAGUGCAGAUAUUGUAAUAAUUAAUGAUGAUCCAGGCAGCGUUGAGGUUGUUGAAACUACCUCAGUAUCUGACGUAAGAGAUAAAGUGGUUGAAACAAUAAUAAUAGAUGAAGACAAGGUAACAGAUGAUGUUAUUUAUGUAUCGGAAAAUAAACAAAAUGUUAGAGGAUUUGUGGAUGAUGAUAUUGAAAUCAUAGAUGUUGAAACAGAAAAAUGUGAUACUAAUGAAAUUCUUACUACAUUUGAUAGUAUAUUUUAUGAAAAUAAAAAACUGGCAGAGUUCAUUGAAAAAUGUCUGGAUUUAGAGGAUACACAUGGUAUGCUAAGGGUAAUAAAUAAAAUACUGUUAAGAAGAUAUAAGGAAACAGAUGAGAAAUACAAAAAAUCACCCGAAUUUAAUAGGUUGUUGGAUAGAAAGAUAGAUCUAUUAGAAACAGAUCCUGAUCAUAAAUUCUCUCAUGUUAAGGAUUUGUGUGAAAUUAUGAAAUGUCACAAAACUAGAAAAAAAGUAGAGUUAAUUACAUUAUCAAAUGAUUUAGAAGAUAAUUUAGAUUCAAGCAAGAAAAAGAAACGAAUAAAACAUAAGAAUUCUCAAAACAAGUCAAAAAAACGAAAACUUGACAACAUUGACAAAAGUAACUAUAUUGAAAUAGAGGUUCCAGCCAUGAACUUAAAUAUAAAUCAAAUUGAUGUUGAUUUGAUGGAUGAAGAAGUUGAUGAUGGUAGAGUAAUAGAUAAUGGAGACAUUAUCAGAAAAAAUAAUAAUUUUAACAACAAUAUAAGUGAAAUACAAUCUAGUUAUGUUAAUGGUACAUCUGUUUACUCAAAAGAGGUUACUUUGAAUACCAAUGUUAAGAAUAAUGAUGUAGUGCCAAAUGAUGCUCAGAAUUUAACAUAUGCAACAAGAGAUAUUAGUAAAGAAACUUGUGAUUUAGCUUUAUAUGGUACUCAUAUUGAUAACAAUAGUUUAUUAGUAGCCCAUAAAGAUGUGCAAUGUGAUGUAGAGCCAAUAGAUCAAAAUAUGAAACGAAUAAAAGAAAUUGAGGAGAGAAUAAAAGUUUUAAAAAAUGAUAUUGAAAAAUUAGAACAAUUGGAAGUAGAAGAUAAUACUAUAUUCUCACCUUAUAUACAGUGUGAUCAGUUGAAAGCUAUGAUAGUCAAAUUGUACAGCGAGUUGUGUUCAUUGACGGGGGAUGAAGCUGUGAAACGACGCGAAAUACGACUCCAAGUAGUUACCGACCGACCCCAGUUAGCCGUGAAGAAUUUAGAAAAGCUCAUAAAUGAUAAUAUCGGGUGCGAUGGAAACCCACACUUUCCGGACUUUCACGAUGUUGUCCAUUGCGUGUAUGAAGCCAACAAGAAAGAAAAUUGGGGGUGGGGUGAAAAACAGAUUCUAAAUGAAGCAAGGAUAUUAUUCACACGUUGCGGUCUUGCGAUACAGCAGAAUCGGCAAAAGAGAGAGUGGCGUGACAUGACGAGUCGGGUAAAAUGCAAGCUCGAAGACGACCCGGCCGAUGAGGAUCCACAGCUUUUGGCACGUUUGGAGGAGAAUAGGCGACAAGCUUUAAAGAAAGAGUCAGAUAUCUUGGAUAGAUUUGUUAAGUUAGAAAAAUGCUCAGGUAUAUUACUACCGACGUUCACUCGAGAGGCGGCAGACGAUAGCGACAGCGAUAACUCCGAUGUUGUAUGUACAAAUGAUGUUGAAGAAAGAUCUGAAUUACUUGAUAGCAUCCACCAACAUAAUACAAUAGUAGAAGAAAAUUUUGAAAACGAAUCUACCCAUAUAGAAAACAAUAAAGAAAACGUAUCAUAUCCAAACAACACGCCUGUUGAUACAUCACUAAGCAUCAGUGAAAUAAACAAUUCAAUAAAAUCAAAUGAAUCUUUGAAUCCAAAAACAUUUGUGGAAAACAAUUUAAGUCAAAUAAAUACGAGAUCUGAAAACACAGAAUCAAUAAAGAAUAAAAAUGAAAUUGAACAUAAUGCAUGUGAUAUUCUAGCAGGAGUAGAUAAUAAAUUAUACAAUUUUACUGAAACUUUUAAUGAAAUUGAUGUAAAUAAUAGAAAUAGUUCUGAAUUUAUUGCAAAUAUGGAUGUUAAAUCUCUAGAAAACCCUCAAAAGACAUCGACGGAGAUUAGUUAUACAACUACUAGUGAAAUAACUUCCACAGACAAGCAUAAAAAUGAUUACGAGUCAGCAUAUCAUGAGAAUUGUGAUAGCCUAUCUAGAAGUGUUAAGAAAGAAGUUGCAAGUGAUGCAACUGAAGACAUAAUGAAGGCGUUAGAAAGUUUAGGUAACUCCUUCACAACCACUAUAGUGGAUAUAGAAGAUCCAUUUUUAAUUAUAGAAAUUUCAUCGGAUAGUUCUGAUGAUGACGAUUUGAGUGAACAUUGGUGAUCUUGGAGUGAUUAUCUUUUAGAUAUGUAUAUAUAUAUAUAUAUAUGUUGCAUAGACGUUUUAUACUUGGAACAUAUUGCUCCUUUAGUUGAGGCCUUUAUUUUAGUUGUUUUAAAUUUAUUAAAGACUGUUAAAUUUA